AUGAGUUCCAUGUUCAAAAAGAAAGGCGGCCUCGCCUUCAAGCCCAAGGCUCCAGUCGCACGGCCAAAGCCCCCAGCGCCAAGCACAAAACCUGCACCGGCACCCGAGCAGCCUGCGAUUGAUGCGAAUUCGGAACCAGCCACGGAAGACGUACCGCAAGUCGCGCACGCGGAAUCGGAGUCUCGGCAGGUCGGACAAGGUGGCUUGGGGAUUCCCGUCGAAGAAACGCGAGAACAGCAGCAAUGGGAGACGUCGACCGCGCCCGGACAGACGGCGAGGCCGACAUUACACGGCCGGCAGGAGGACUCCGUCUCUCGACCGCAGAAGCAACCGGAGACAUUGCCACGCCAGGCUGAAACCAGCGAGGAAGAAACCGCUGGACUCGAGCCCGUGGCCGAUUCCUCUGCCGGAAUCGAUAUCCAGCCAUCGCCGACCCCUCGCAACCGGACAGUGAAAGUACACCACCAGCCCGCCGUCGAUCCUCUUCCACCGCAACCGUCGAUAGAGCCUCAUGACCAAGCACCAUCAUCGUCAGAGCAAACGGCCCGACCGGAGCCUCCUGUUGCGGAAAAUGAGGGUCAAAGAUCAUCCACCGCCGCAGCAGCAGAAGCAGCAGAAACAGCAGGGGACGAGCCAGACACCCCGGCGGCUCCUGGACCCGGUUCCAAAAGAGCUCCCAGGAAGCAAGCCGCCACCACCCAGGAUGCAACAGUCUCAGAUCCUGCAGAAGGCGAGCCGGCGCGGCCGAGGAAGCGCCAAAGAAAAACCAGGCCGCAGGGGCAAGACUCGCAGACGCCUGCCCCCCGAAAACGCAAAACGUCGACCCCAAAAGCCGCCAACGGUUCGAGGAGCAGCUCCCGGAGAGCGCGCUCACUGACACCAGAGGACGCCGAGACCCAAGUCGUCGACCUUCAGAAGCUAAAAAUGUCCGACCUGACCAAGGACUUGCGCAUAGGCAAAAAGUUCAGCCGCCACGACGAGCUGCGCGACCGCGAGCGCAAGGCCCGCCAGAAAGCCAAACUCGACAAGGACACCGACACGCCACCCAGCGAAGCAGGCGACGGCACCUCGCAGUCGCGCACCCCAGACGCCGCUGCCACCACGGCGAAGCCCAACGCACCAGGUGCUGCAUCCGCUCCGGCAUCCGCUCCGGCAUCCGCUUCGGCAUCCGCGCCAGCAGCCGCGUCAGGCCCCCAGUUUCGCAUCGUGGACGGCCAGAUCGUCGUGGACCAAGACUCCCUCGUCAUGGACCGCCACGCCCGCGCCGCGGCAGCCCGAGCAGGCGAGCACAUGGAGACUGUGGAGGAAAACGACUUCACCUGCCUCAUCACCUCGUCGUCCUUCAUGAACACGUCCAAGCUAAAGGGUCCCAACAUAUGGACCGACCAGGAGACGGAGCUCUUCUACCGCGGCCUGCGCAUGUUUGGCACUGAAUUCGAAAUGAUUUCCAAAAUGUUUCCCGGCAAGCGCCGACGCCACGUGAAGCUCAAGUUCAACCGCGAGGAGCGCCACAACCCCUCCCGCAUAGACGCCGCGCUCAUUGGCGAAAAGACCAUCAAGAUGGACAUUGACGAGUACCGAGCAUUCACCGGGGCCGAGUUUGAGUCGCUGGAGGUUAUUGAGGCGGAGCAAAGGAAGAUCCAGGAGACUUACGAAGCCGAGAGGCAGCGCGUCGCGGACGAACAGGCCGAGGUUAUGAGGAAGAAGCGCGACGAACUGUUUGCCGACGAGGAUGGCGAAGGGGAUCUGAAAAGGAAGAAGAAGAACGGCAAGAGGAAGGGCAAGCAAAGCGUUUCUUACGGCUUGAACGGCGAACCUAUCCUUCAGGACGGUGGAUGA